AAUCCUGAAAAACAGGCAGAGAAGACGCCAUGUUUUCCCUUCCCAUCGUCUUCUCCAAUAUAAACUAAUCAAUCAUCUCUCUCUCUUCCCACCUCCCCUCCGCUGUCGCUGUUUUCCAGCGAGAGUGAGUGCACUCUACUCUUCCUUCACCCCUCUCUCUCUCUCUCUCUCUCUCUCUCUCUGCAAGUUGCUUUGUCUCAUUCUUGAUCUAAUCCCACCGCCAUCAUUAACCAUCUUGAAUCCUCUCUCUCUCUUUUCACGCCCGGCUUUUGUUCGUACCCAUUUGAUUUGUUCCGUCAGUUUCAGCGUUUUCCCCCCCGCACCCACCUGAGCUCGCGCUCGAAAAGCUUCGAUGCUUGCUUGUUUCGGUCGUAUGCUCGUCCAGAUCUGCACCCAGAUGGACCCAGGACCCAGCUUUUCGUUUUUUUCUUGAUUCUUGAUUCUGCACAAGUUCCGGCGACGAGAAUGCGGGCGUAGGGUCGUGGGUUACUCUCUUUUUCUCGUUUCUUUUCCUUUUCUUGGAGCCAUUUUUGUGAUCGCAUUGCUCAGAUUUCGCCGGAUGGGAUCGGGCGCUAGCAAGGCGUCGUCAAGCGGCUCUCGAAGGGAUCGGUCCAAAGGGAAAGGUAGGGUUUUCCAGUCAUCCUGCCUCGGGACUCCCUCUGGAUCUCACGACAAUGACGAUGGCGAUCAGGUUUUCGAACAGCAAGACAAAGAUGAUGACAACUUCGGUUCUUGUACAAACCGGAAUGGAACAGUGAGGGAUGAGGUUAAGGUCGAGUGUCACAGAAAAGUGGAAGUUGAUUCCUCAGCUGAUAUGUCUCGCGUGUCUUCUGAUAACGAGUUUCGAGAAUGGGACCAACCUAGUGUGACCGGCCCUGUUGCUAGACCUGGAAGCAGCUCUAUCCGAGCUUCUUCAACUCAGUCCUUGAACCCUACCAAUCGCUUCCUUUCUCGCUUUAGUUUUUUUCCUGGUAACGUGAGCUUCAGACUAAGUAGAGCAACCAGCUUACGAUCUCCCAGGGAUUAUAAUAUCUCUCCAACAAAUCUUACAGUUGAGGACAAUGAAGAUGACUUUCAUUUGCACGGAUCACCUCCCAGUGGGUUGGUGAAUUUGAAUGGAUCUCGACAAGGGAAUGUAGAAAGUGGACUUCCUGAAAGACGAGCUGGAGCUCGCGAACCCGUUGAAAGGAAUGUUCGUUUCAGUAGAACCCUCAGUGUGGGAAGGCUUCGUGAUAGAGUUCUCCGUCGAUCAUCAUUACCUGAAUUAUCAUUUGGCCCAAUGCAGCUAGGAGAGUUGAGAAAUGAUUCUGAAGGUAGUGAAAGACAGGUCUUGAGUGUUGAGACGACGGAUUCAGCCCCUGCUGAUAAUUCAGUACCAUCUGCAUCAACAUCUGGAUACUCUCCUUCUGGCCUGUCUCGCACCUUAUUUAACAACCAUGAUCAUGACAUAGAGGCAACGCGAUCAAGGGAGGCUAGGUACCGUGAUUUAUUAGAACAUAGAACAGAUUUCCUUGAACGUCGGAGGCGAAUACGUUCUCAGGUUCGCGCUCUCCAGAGAUUAGGAAGCCGUUUUGAGAACCUGUCUGGCCAUGAGAGAUCUUGCAUUCUAUCUGGUCAGCAUAGGACAGGUCGCUGCACAUGUCGUAGCAGUAAUCAUGAUGCCAAUUCAAAUGAUGAUGCCAAUGCUAGGGCUAGCAUAUCAAGAAUCGUAAUGCUGGCUGAAGCUUUAUUUGAGGUUCUGGAUGAAAUUCACCAGCAAUCCGUUGUUUUAUCCUCCCGACCUUCUGUAUCUUCAAUUGGAUCUGUUCCUGCACCAAAUGAAGUUGUGGACUGUUUGCCAAUCAGAUUGUACACAAAGUUGCAGAAGAAUCAGAAUGAAGAGGCCGCACAAUGUUACAUAUGCCUUGUGGAGUAUGAGGAUGGUGACAGUAUGCGAGUACUUCCAUGCAAUCAUGAGUUCCAUAGGACAUGCGUAGACAAAUGGCUUAAGGAGAUUCACAGGGUAUGUCCACUUUGUCGCGGGGAUAUAUGCCGGUCUGAUUCUUUUUCUGCUGAGGAUGAAGCGAAUCAGUUGGCUAUCUGAUUAUUAAAGAUUGUAGCUUUUUCUGCGCUUGAUGGUGAAAGGCCAUGCAGACCCCGAGGAUUGACACUAAAGCGCGACUCAUUGUCAAGUUCAGUCCGUUUCCCCCAAUAUGCGGUUGGUUUGCGAUUUAUUGAGAAAUCCAUUACUGGUAGGAGUGGACUGAACUGCUUGCAAUCUGCAAAUCUCCUUGUGGAGAGAGAGAGAGAGAGAGAGAGAGAGAGAGAGAGAGAGGGGUUUCCUCUUAUGUAUUCUCUGGCUACAUCAGUCCCUCAAUGACGAUGCUGGCUUUUUGGGUUGUUGACAUGAUUGUCAAGGACAUUGCCGACAUCUGAUCACGAAGGAAUGGCAGAAUUCUGUACCCUUUUACAUUGA